CAGGGGCGGCCAUUAGUCCUCCAGGGGCUAAUCCAAAGGGGGCGGAGCUAAAUCCAAGAUGGCGGCCUUGUCUACCCCAUGAUUGAGGCCUACAUCAUCCUCAUCUCCUCCCUUUCCCCUCCAUUAACAGCAGCCAUGGAUAUCGGAGGCCUGGAGACGGUGGUGGCCAACUCUGCCUAUGUAUCAGCCCGAGGUGGGGGGCAAGGGGGGUCCGGAAAGGACCGAAAGCAUCGAGCUCGUCUUCGUCUGCCCCAUAUAUCCCAAUGUGAAGGUCUACGGGCCCGAUUGGUCGGGAACAGGCUGCAAAAUGGCGUCCCGCAACAAAAUGGCGGCCCUAAACAAGAUGGCGGCCCUAAACAAGAUGGCGUCCAAAACCAAGAUGGCGGCCAAAACCAAGAUGGCGGCCAAAAACAAGAUGGCGGCCAAAAACAAGAUGGCGGCGAGGAAGAGGAAGUGUCCUUCCGGUGGCAUUGCGUGGAGCAGCCAAUAGGGAAGAGGCUUUUUAGGCAGUUUUUGAAAGCUACGCCGGGAUUGGCUGCCGUGGGGGCGCUGUGGGAGGAGCUUGAGGCCUAUGAGUGUUGUGAGGAGGGGGAGAAGAUGGCGGCGGCCAACGACAUCCGGAAGAGGUUCUUUACUGAGGGACAGGACGAGUAUUGCGGCUUCCUGUCAGCCAACGCAACAGCGCCACCGCCUGGUUCCUCCUCACCUCCGGAUUUCCACCCAGCCCACCAGGAUCUAUUGACCCACUUAGAAGUGACGGCCUGGAUCCCGUAUCUCACUUCCCCUUAUUUCAGUCGUUUCCUUCAAUUCAAAUGGUUGGAAAAACAACCGGUCGCCCCCGAUUCCUUCGUGGAUUUUCGGGUUUUGGGUAAAGGGGGAUUUGGGGAAGUUUGUGCUUGUCAACGUCGGGCCACAGGGAAGAUGUUCGCCAAUAAGAAGCUCAAUAAGAAGAGGCUCAAGAAGAGGCAGGGAUAUCAAGCAGCCCUGGUAGAGAAGCGGAUCCUGGCCCGUGUUCACAGCCGCUUCAUCGUGUCCCUGGCCUGCGCCUUCCAGACCAAAACCGACCUCUGCCUCGUCAUGACGCUGAUGAACGGCGGCGACCUGCGGUACCACAUGUACAACGUGGACGAGGCCAACCCGGGUUUUGCUGAGGGCCGGGCCAUGUUUUACACGGCUCAGAUCCUGCUGGGCCUGGAGCAUCUGCACCAACAUCGGAUCGUCUACAGGGACCUGAAGCCUGAGAACGUGCUGCUGGAUGAUGCCGGUGUGUGGGGGGAUGUGGGGCUGGAUAUG